UGCUGACUCCGCCUACAACCGGAGUGCACGCACACACAGCCUUUGAGUUUCAAACUUCCGAGUCCUAGAGCUAGGAUCUUUAUCAAAAACCUGUCGAGGUAUUCGCCUGAAUUAUCCUUAAAACGUUCACUUUUGGAGGUUUCUAGUAACUCUUUGAAAGUUUUGUCGGUGUAUUUGAGGCCUGGACAAACUGACAAUCCAAUGUAUCGGACAUGGCAACAGUUCCUCGCGCUUAUGGGUUUAUUCGCUGUGCCAGGUGUGCUGCGAGUCGUUGGGAUGGAGAUUUUCACAUCCAAGGAGGUGGAGGCAUUGAACGGGACAGAAGUGAGAUUGAAGUGCACCUUUAAGUCCAAACACCCAGUGUCCCACUACUCUGUGGCUGUCUCCUGGAACUUCCGUCCCCUGAACCAGGGUGCUGAGGAGUCGGUGUUUUACUACCAGGAGACGGCAUACCCCCCUACAGAGGGGCGGUUUAAGGGCCAUGCAGUGUGGUCAGGGGACAUCCUGAGACAGGACGCCUCCAUCAGUCUGCAUGAAGUCCCCUUCACCUUCAACGGCACCUACACCUGCCAUGUCCGCAACCUGCCCGACGUCCACGGCAUCAAUGGAGAGGUCACCCUCAGGGUUGUCCACAAAGUCUCCAUCUCUGAUAUAAGCAUCCUGGCUGCAGCCAUCGGGGGAACCAUCGCCAUAGUCCUGGUGCUGCUCGGUCUCUUCAUGGUGUUCAAGUACCGCAACCGCCAUGCCAACACAGACAUGGAGCUGCAGGGGAGGAAACUGCAGGAAACCAGAGAGCUACAGGCCAGGGUCCUACAGGAGAGAGAGUUGGAGGCCAACAUCCUACAGGAGAGAGAGUUGCAGGCCAACAUCCUACAGGAGAAAAAGCUGAAGGCCAGUCAGAAGGAGCGUAAAGACCCUACAGUGUGGUGAUGGGUCAGGGGCGUGUCUCCCUCUCUACCUUUGCUGACUGGUGUGGGGAGGCGUUCUGUCAGGACGGACUGGUCUCUGACUGGAGGGGCAGGCCAGUCCAGGACCACUAUUGUGGAGGGACUGAUGCAUUUUUUUGGUCGGUGUCCUUCUUUCUUCUACCCUCCACUCAUCCCUCCCUCAAUAUGAGUAUUAGGGAUCUCUGUACAUUCCACUCGUUUUAAUGUCAGGUACUGUUUUAUGAACUUAAUGUUUUUUUACAGACAAUUAUGUGAUUGGGUUGACUGUGCCAUCCCAGGAUAUACAGUAUUAUUUUUUUUCAAAUGUAAACCCCCCCCCCAAAAAACCAUCACUUAUCAGAAUGCUAACAAAAUGCAAAAAGUACUAAGGAAUCCCCAUAGCGGAUGCUAGGUAAAUGCUAACGAACGCUUGCAAACAUUUGACUAUUAACAACCCAGCUCCUAAAGUUAUGCAAGUAUCUCGAAAUGCAGCAUGCACAAAAUAUAUAUUAGACAGCAGGGAUCUUAUUUCAGGAUGGGAUCGUGUCUGCUGCUGUUACUAAGAAGCUUGAUCUUGCAAGCUAAGGGUAGCCACUUAGCUGGCAUUAGUAAAGUAGCAGGACCCAGCUGGAAAUCAUUUAUUUGGUACAUCUUAGAUAGUUAACUUAGUAGUUAUAAGAUGCAUAGCUGGCAAACAGCUGUAACUCGAUCACUUCACUUAAGUUGUGCUGUAGGUGAAACUCACCUCAUGAAGCUCCCAUUUUGCUCAUCGUCUAUCUUUGUAAACAAAUACACUUGACUUGCUCAAACAGCUGUUUUGGGAACUAGUACUGGUAAGCUUCAUAAUGGUUAACACGUUCUGCUUUAUCUAUUACCUAGUGCACAAGUUGAAUGCAGGUAUUUAUUUAAAAAGUACUAAUAUUAAAAUUUAUAAAAACAAAAAACA